CAUCUACCUUGUCCAUCUCACAAAUAACAAGUCUAACAAUGUCCGUCGCUGGCCCCUCGACCAAGCCUGUACAGGCCUACUACUGCUCGGUGUGCACCCUCCCGACCGAGUACUGCGAGUUUGGACCCUCAGUGUCCAAGUGCAAGACGACGCUCGAGGAGGCCGACAAGGCCGAGUUUGAGCGCAUCUGGGGCGAGGGCGCGCUCGCUGCCCGUAUCGGCACGCUCUCGGUCGAGAAGAACGAGAAGAUCGAGGCGGACGCCGCCAAGGCCGAGCAGAAGGCUGCGAAGAAGGCCGCUGCUGAAGCCAAGCUCAAGGGGUCAACAAAGAUCAUCAUCAAGCGGGAAGAACGCACCAAGCGCAAGGUGCUCACGCACAUCCAGGGCCUCGAGCUCUUCGGAGUCGACCUGAAAAAGGCCGCAAAGCUGUUUGCGUCCAAGUUUGCGACGGGUUCGAGUGUGAGCAAGAACCCGCAGGGACAGGACGAGAUUGUGGUGCAGGGCGAUGUUGGAGACGAAGUUGUCGAGAUGCUCAAGCAGCAGGUCGGAGUGCUCAAGGGUGCACCGGGAGACCAGGUCUCGCGCGUCGAGGCCAAGAAGAAGAAGGAGCCCGAGGCGGAGGCUUGAGGUGUUGGUGUCGAUGUCUAACCAUAUCCUAAUAGACGUAUCUUCAUUGCAUGUCGAUCGAGAG